AUGCCCAACUCCAGUGCUAAAAUUAAUUGUAACCAUAGAGGUGGUCGGGAAGCCAGCAGGCGGGAAUUGGUUUCUAGGUCUUUGCAGAGUGCUCAGCAUUGCCUGGAAGACCAAGAUUUUGGAACUGCAUAUGCUCACUAUCUCUUGGUACUUAAUCUAGCUCCUGAGUUAAAAACUAGCGUUAAAGAAACAUUUCAGUUUACACUCUUCAAGUGGGCAGAAGAGCUAGAUUCUCUGUCACGGAUACAAGAUCUGUUUAACUGUUACGAACAAGCACUUGAACUGUAUCCAAAUGACGAAGUGAUAUGUAAUAGUAUGGGAGAACAUCUUUUCAGGAUGGGCUUUAGAGAUGAAGCAGCUGGAUAUUUUCAUAAAGCAGUGAAGCUUAACCCAGACUUUGCUGAUGCAAAGGAGAACUUUUACCGCGUUGCAAACUGGCUCGUGGAACGAUGGCACUUCAUCAUGCUUAACGAUACCAAGAGGAACCUAACUUACCUAAAGGCAAUUGAGAAUGCUGUCUGCUCAGGGUGCAAAUCUGUCCUUGAUAUUGGAACAGGAACGGGAAUUUUGAGUAUGUUUGCAAAAAAGGCAGGAGCAUCUUUUGUCUAUGCCUGUGAAUUAUCAAAAACCAUGUAUGAACUUGCCUGUGAUGUGGUGGCAGCAAAUAAUAUGGAAGGCGAGAUCAAACUUCUGCAUCUGAAGUCGCUUGAUAUAGAAAUUCCAAAGCACAUACCCAAACGAGUUUCCUUGGUUGUCACAGAAACAGUUGAUGCUGGUUUAUUUGGAGAAGGGAUUGUGGAGAGCUUGAUACAUGCUUGGGAGCAUCUGCUUUUACAACCAAAGCCUAAAAAUCAAGAUACCAGUGCUGGAGACUAUGGCAGAGUUAUUCCCGCAAGUGCUACAAUAUUUGGGAUGGCAGUGGAAUGCAAAGAGAUACGUAGACAUCACAGAGUGGGAACAAAAGAAGUUGCUGGUGUGCACUUGCCAAAUUCAGUGCAAUUCUUUAGUCCAACAUAUGCUGCUUCUGCAAGUUCAGAGGAAACUGUUGAACCUUACACCACUGAGAAGCUCAGUCGUAUUCCUGGAGGUUACGUACCUCUGACAGAACCCUGUCAAAUAAUGACAGUAGAUUUCAACAAUCUGCAGGAGCUGAAAAGCCUUGCAGCUAGAAAGCCCUGGAAGCUCAGCAUGACAGUCACUGAAGGAGGAACACUAGAUGCUGUUGUGGUGUGGUUUGUACUACAGCUUGAUGAUGAGCACUCUCUAUCUACAAGUCCCAGUGAGGAAACUUGCUGGGAACAGGCAGUCUAUCCUGUGCAGGGCCUCCUUGAUUAUUCUGUGAAGACUGGAGAUACUGUGGUGAUGGAAGCUUGCUGCGAAGACUGCUACCUGAAGAUCCAGAAGAUUUCUUCUCUGAUUUCAGAGUGCAGGAUGGACUUCACUGACAGAGGUGACAUGCUGAGUUUGGGCAAUGAGGCUGAAUUAUGUAAUGCUCUGGCUGGUCUUCAAACAACUAGCGAACAGGAUAGCAACGGUCAAGUAUGUGUGUUAGAAUCCACAGAAAUAGCCCUGCACCAUGAAUGCUUUAAAGCUGCCAUGGGCAAAGUGCUGUCAUCCUUAAAUCCAAGUAAGGACUUGCAGGGCAUGGAUGUUGAUGGAUAUGGCAGCGGGAUGAACCUCCAAGAGAGUCAAAACAAGAGCUCUCCAGAUGCAGCUCCUGAUCCUUUGUACAUCUUGGAUGUAUCUGAAGGCUUCUCCAUCCUGCCGAUUAUAGCUGGCAAACUUGGACCCGUUAGAGCCUACAGUUCUGUUGAGAAGAAACAGCAUCAGGCAGCACUUAGUGUGAUUUCAGAAGCGAACCAUUUCACGAAGGAAACACUGGAGUUUUGGCUCAGCCACUUAGAAGAUGAAAAUGUGGUGCUUCAGAGACCCAAAUCAGACAAAUUGUGGAGUAUUAUUAUCUUGGAUGUUAUAGAGACAUCAGGUUUAAUCCAGCAGGAGGUGAUGGAAAAGGCUGCAAUAUCCAGAUGUUUACUUCACAGUGGAGGGAAGAUUUUCCCACAGUAUGUGUUGGUGUAUGGGAUGCUUGUACAAUCGGAGUCUCUGUUACUGGAGAGUGCUGUUCAAGGAACAGAGCCAACUCUUGGGUUUAAUAUAGCCCCUUUUAUCAACCAGUUCAAGGUACCUGUUCGUGUGUAUUUGGAUCUGUCUACAUUACCGUGUGUACCCUUAAGCAAGCCAGCAGAGCUUUUAAGGCUAGAUCUCAUGAACCCUCUGUUGAACAACUCCAGCAGAGAAGUCAAGGUAAAAGUUUGUAAGUCUGGCCAAGUCACGGCAAUUCCCUUCUGGUAUCACAUCCAUCUAGAUGAAGACCACAGCUUGAAUACAUCUGAGGAGUCCUCGCACUGGAAACAAGCUGCAGUUGUUCUUGAUGAGCCCAUCCAAGUUCAGGUUGGAGAUGAACUUGUGCUUGAUGUUCAACAUCAUAAAAGCAAUAUUAGCAUUACGGUUAAACGGUGAAGAACAUCAUGUGUCAACUGUUUUGUGGUUAAUUACCUAUGCAUAAAUUGACUGUUCACAGCAUCACUGAUGUUAAUUUAUAGUAAAGUCUAAAUUUUAUCUACCAAUCA